AUGGCGCCUAAUACAAACAACAGCGGAGAUGUGUGCGUUGAAGACGUCUGUAGCAGUCUAUCGCUCGACGGCUACGACGUCAGCACCAUUUUGAGCCCGCACAGUACCAAGCACGAUUCCGAAGACGUGGUCAUCUUUUUUGACUGGGACGACACUCUCAUGGCGUCGUCAGCCAUUGCGAAACUUGGUCUUUGUCCCAAGUACAUUAACGAGGAGCCAAACAUCCCGGAUGACGUACAAGCUGAGCUCAAGGAGCUGGAGGAGUCAGUUGUGCAACUGCUGGAGACAGCACUGCACUAUGGACGCGUGGUCAUUGUGACGGCAGCUGAGACUGGCUGGGUCGAGCUGUCAGCAUCGCUGUUCAUGCCACGUCUUGUGCCAUUUUUCAACACACGAAUCAAAGUCAUCUCGGCACGCUCUACGUACGAGUACUUGUAUCCAGACUGUCCACGUCGAUGGAAAGUAGAGGCUUUUAACAACGAGGUUUUUCCAGUCUGGGACUCGUACGGCGAGGAAAACUCGGCGGGCAUUCCGCGGCAUGUCAUUUCGCUCGGUGACGGCCCUACUGAGCGCGAAGCAUUGAUCAAUGUCAAGAUGCAGGCAAUAGACGCAUGCCACGGCAAGUCCAUGAAGUUCGUUGCCCACCCAAAGAUCAGCGAGCUGCAACUGGAGGUGGAGUUGAUUCUUGCAAACAUGGAGCAUUUGUGUACGCACGAAGGGGAUCUCGACCUGCAAAUUACCUGGCAGAUGCUCAAUGGUAGCACGUAA